CUGGAGGGCGGCGCGCUGGGCGGCGGCGACGCGCUGGGCGCAGCCGCGCGGGCGCCGCGCUCCCCGCCCGCCGCCUCGCCGCCCGCCGCCAGCCUCUCCACCAGCCGGCACAGUCUUAUCGAUAUGAUGACUUGUCGGCUGGGGUCGCGGCGGCUGGGCGGGUCCCGCGGCUCGCUCGCCGCCGCGCCCGCCUGCUCCGCGGCCAGCGAGCUGGACCUGUCCUCGCGCUCCCGACGCUCCCACCGCGCCAGGUCGCCGGGCGUCAGCGAGGCGCCGCUGCUCACGGGCUGGCGCAGCACGCCGCACACGCCGGCCACGCCGCACACGCCUCACACGGCGCACACGCCCGCGUCGCACCUCUCGCAGAACCACCUCGCGCCGCACUGCAAUGGAACUGACACCGGCAGCAGAGGCGCGCUGCGCAGGCGCUCCACAUACACGAGCGGGCGACUGCGCACGAGCCCCAAUUGGUCGUUCGUGUUCGACCCGGCGGGCCGGCUGUGCUACUAUUGGUCGAUGGUGGUCUCGCUAGCCUUCCUCUACAACCUGUGGGUCAUCGUCUACAGGUUCGCCUUCCAAGAGAUUAAUGGCGAGACGCUGAUCGUGUGGUUCACGCUGGACUACUUCUCCGACUUCCUGUACCUGGCCGACAUCCUGUUCCACUUCCGCACGGGCUACCUGGAGGACGGCGUCCUGCAGACGGACUCGGGCAAGCUGCGGGCGCACUACAUGAACUCCACCACCUUCUACAUCGACUGCCUGUGCCUGCUGCCGCUGGACUUCCUCUAUCUGUCCAUCGGCUUCAACUCCAUCCUACGCUCCUUCCGCCUCGUCAAGAUCUACCGCUUCUGGGCCUUCAUGGACCGCACGGAGCGGCACACCAACUACCCAAACCUCUUCCGAUCGACCAGCCUCAUACAUUAUUUACUAGUGAUAUUCCAUUGGAACGGGUGCUUGUACCAUAUAAUUUAUAAAAACAAUGGCUUCGGCAGUAAAAACUGGGUGUAUCAUGACACUGAAACGGCUGAUGUGGUGAAACAGUAUUUGCAAAGUUAUUAUUGGUGCACGUUGGCGCUUACGACUAUAGGCGACCUGCCGCGGCCGCGCUCCAAGGGCGAGUACGUGUUCGUGAUCGCGCAGCUGCUGUUCGGGCUCAUGCUGUUCGCCGCCGUGCUCGGCCACGUCGCCAACAUCGUCACCUCCGUCAGCACGGCGAGGAAGGAGUUCCAAGCCAAGCUGGACGGCGUGAAGACGUACAUGCGCAUGCGGCGCGUGCCCACGCACCUGCAGGUCAAGGUCAUCAAGUGGUUCGACUACCUGUGGCUCACGCAGAAAUGCUCCGACGAGGAGAAGGCGGUGUCGUGUCUUCCAGACAAACUCAAGGCGGAGAUCGCGAUCAACGUCCAUUUGGACACGCUCAAGAGAGUGGAGAUCUUCCAGAACACGGAAGCGGGGUUCCUGUGCGAGCUGGUGCUGCGCCUGCGCCCCGUGCUGUUCUCCCCGGGGGACUACAUCUGCAGGAAGGGUGAAGUGGGCAAGGAGAUGUACAUAGUGAACCGCGGCAAGCUGCAGGUGGUGGGCGACAACGGCAAGGCCGUGCUCGCGACACUAAAGGCUGGUUCUUAUUUUGGAGAAAUUUCCAUUCUGAACAUGGGCACGGCAGGUAAACAACUUGGCAACCGGCGGACAGCGUCGGUGCGGUCGGUGGGCUACUCUGACCUCUUCGUGCUGAGCAAGAAGGACAUGUGGGACGUGCUGAAGGAGUACCCCGCCGCGAGGGUGCGCCUCGAGUCCAUCGCCGUCAAGAGACUUGAGAAAUAUAAGAAGGCGCCGCUCGAGAAAGUGGCCAUGGGUCGCUGCCAGUCCACGCCGGGGCUGGUGGAGACGCAAGGCCAGGUGCCGCUGGAAGAGAUGCAGCUGCCGCAGGCCGCGCUCCCCGCGCCCCCCGCGCACCCCGCGCACGCCCCCGCGCCGCACGCCUCGCACCCGCCCUCAUAUCGGGACCAGGUUUAUAGUUCGUCAGUAAGCCCACUGCGCGUGGCGUCCCCAGUCGUCUCCCUCGCGUCCAGCGCCCGCAGCAGCGGCGGCGCGGGCGGCAGCGCGGCGGCUGCGGCCCCGCGCAUGCUCAUAGACUCGCAUGAGGUGCUGGAGUGCGAAAUCAAGCGGCUGCGGGAGCGCCUGCACACGGUCGAGACGGAGAACGCCGCCAUGUCCGCCAAGCUCAGCCAGCAGCAGUGGGAGGUGGACCAGAGGUUGCAAGAGAUCGAGAUGCAGAUCUGCGGCGCGAGCUCGCUGAGCUCUCAGGAGGAGAACGAGCGCAACCGCGAGAGCAUCAUUUAACGAUGCGCCUCGCCCGCGCCCCGCCCCCGCUGCCAGCCGCCCCCGCGCCUGUGCCGGCCCCCGCCAGCGCCCCCCGUCUUCUAACCACAGUGACCAGUGUCACAAAAACAGACUUUUUUACGAACACUAUUUAAUCUAUGUACGAAACGACUAUCAAAUUUAUAUAUACCUAUUACGUAGUUUUUACAACUCGCUAAUAUAUUUGUCGAGUGAUCGUGGAGUGAGAUUUUGCCAAGACAAUAUCUUUAAAUCUUACGUUGUACGGUUUAAGUGCAUAGGGUACCUAAUUGUUAAGUGAGUAGAAUAGCCGCGGAGUCAGCGCGGGCUCCGCGGUAUUAGAUAAAUUAUUUAAUUGAUUCCGGACAACGAGCCAGUGUCGACGAGUGUCUUCGAGUGUACCGAGUGUCGGCAAGUUUACAAAGUGUCAGCUAGUGUCAACAUAAUAUCGCCUGUGUCGCAGUGUCUCAGCGAAUGUCGCGAGAUUGAAGCGCGAAAAUGGAGUUCGUUUGCCGGUCUGAUAAUAAUUGUUCACCUGAACCAUGAGUGUUUACUAUUUACCCAUACUUGUUCAUCAAUGUUAAUAAUAGCCAUCAGGUUUUAGUUUAAGCUGAGGUAAUUUAUUGACCGUAUUCCUCAUGUUUAUAAGUUGAGUAUCUUUAUCAUGUGUGUAGUAGUUCGUGACUGAGGGUUGUGAUUGGUGGCCGGCAGUCGUGACGUCACCAUCACGGCUGACGUCACGAUGCAUGUAGUACGCGCUGGACCGCCAGUUGCAACCUAUUGCUAUUUUCACAUGAGUACAGGGUUAAGAUAUAAGCAGGUACUUAGGAUGAAAUAACUUUUAUUCGUGAUAGAUGAAUCUGAUAUUUUUGUUUUAUAUUAUACCAUGUCUUUUGGGUUCAUGCUUAGACCUACCUAAUUUAUGUUCCUGUUUGAUUUGCACACAUCCACUUUUUAAGACAAAAAUGAUCAAUAUGACCCUGUUCUCGUGUGUUCUUAGAUCUUUAAACUGUGUGCCAAAAUCUGCCAAAUGAUUGUAACUUCCUACCUAAAACAAAAUGAUAAGAUUUGUGUUUUAUUAUUAAUCAUACCCACAUAUUUAAAUGUACCACGGAUAAGCAAUUAUCCAUUUUGAGCUUUAAUUAAUACCUAAUAAAGUUUCGGACAAAAUAAUAAUUAAAAUCUUACCACUUUCAUUUUAAAUUGUAUCACAAUUUUGUGUAAGUAUUUAUUUACUGACAUAUAAUUAAAUGUUUUAUAAUUACGUAUUUUGUCCAAAUGUAAAAAUAAUAACAAGACCAUAGUACAUCGUAAUUUGUUGUAAUGAAGUUAAUAAAUAUUAACAAACCUACAUUAUACCUAUAUACUAAGAGAUUGGGCUACAUGGCUCAUUCAGUUUGAUACAUAAAUCACUACUACUGCCAAAUAAGAAUUAGGUAGAUAAAAUGUUUUAAUGUAAAGUUAUUGUACCAAUGAUCUAGAAAAUGUUUUGUACUUAACAUUAUUUCUAUUAAAUAAAUUAAGUGAAGUACGAAAUGGAUAAUAUAAUGAUAACAUAUAAUAUUAUGUAUGUUAUAUGUAAUAUUUUAAUUGUUGAUACUUACGAAAGAUUAUUUAUUUCCAACUUCGUUUCGCAUUAACGUUAAAUGAUAAAUGUACCAAUUAUUACAUACAAAAUAAUGUAAUACCAGAUUGAGAUGUAAAUAAGUGUAAUAUAUGACUACAUAAUAUAUAUAUCUAACGCAUAUGUAUAGUUUAUUUACGAGAAAAAUAUGUUGCCCAGCAAGUUUAUGGCGAAACCCUGAGGUGUGUGCAUUGUGCAAUGGCCCUUUAAUUUUAUAUCACAAAAAAAUUGUCUAUGACUUCCCACCUAUAUGUUGUUUUAAGUUUUGUUAUAAAUGUUAUACUUACGAAAUUUCGUUACGAUUUCAUUUGCACAAAUUUAUUACAAUCCCACUUAUGCUUUUAAAAAAUGUACCUAUCAGUAGAAUUUGGUUACCAAUUAAAUUUUCACAAAUACAUUCCCACUUUUGUUGAAAUAAGAAAUGUAUCAGUAAAUACCUAAAGGUAUCUUAAAUUACCUUACAAUUAUAUGAAAGAUCAUCUUUAAUCAUGUUUUUACUGAGUGGCUAAUUAUAUUGUGAUUACGAUUAUGAUUUAUCGAAUUAAUAUUAUAAUUUUAACUGAGUUACCGAGGAAGGUAAUGGAUAAGAGAACGACUUGCCUACGAUGUAUUCCUGAAAUCUUCAGCUAUGGUUGUGCUCUAUUGAAUAUCAUUUUCAAAUGAAAAUUAAUAGUGAUGAAAAGUUACAAAAGGACCUUCGAGAGCCAUGAAAAAGUAAUUU